CAUAAAACAGUUUUUACAGAAACCGACCACCAACCGCUAAUGAACCAAUAACACUCGCAGGUGGAAAGUCGCUUUUCCGUCUUCUUCACUUUCUUUUACUCAACCAAAUUCUCAUUCAAUUUCCACCUCUCUCUCUCAUCUACUUCAAUUCCCUCUAUUUCUUAUACUCAAUUCCCAUUCUCUUCUCUUCUCAUCUACUUUUGCUUUGUUCGUUGAAAUGAUGGUGAAAACCUCAUCAACAACUAAAAGUAAACCAAAACCACCAAAAUCGAUUGAAACCACCAUUGAUUGGGAAGUAAGACCUGGAGGUAUGCUUGUACAGAAGAGAGUUGUCGGGUCGGAUUCGGAUCCUGACAUUUCCCCCAUCAUCAACAUCAAAGUCUCUCAUGAUUCUUAUCAUCAUCAUAUCUCUAUACCCUCUCACUCCACUUUUGGCGAUCUCAAAAAGAUGCUUGCUCGCGAGACAAAGUUAGAAGCCAAGGAUCAAAGAUUGUUGUUUAGAGGGAAAGAGAAGGGCGAUGACGAAUGUUUAGAUAUGGCUGGUGUAAAGGAUAUGUCGAAGGUAAUCCUAUUGGAGGAUCCUGCUAGCAAAGAGAGAAAGCUUCUCGAUAAGAGCAAGAACCGUGCUCAAUUACAAGCCUAUGAUGCGGUUGCAAAAGUUAGAGCCGAGGUAGAUAAACUUGCAGACAAGGUGGUAGCCUUGGAGACAUCGGCUAAAAAUGGCAUCAAGAUUGUGGACAAGGAUGUUGAAGUUCUGACCGAGCUACUCAUGAAGGAGUUGCUGAAACUGGAUGGGAUCGAGGCCGAAGGAGAAGCAAAAGCACAAAGGAGAAUCGAGGUCCGUCGUGUCCAAGGCUUUGUGGACACGCUCGACAAUCUAAAGUUGAUGAAAAGUACAAAAACACAUGUCGACAAAAGGGUUUUGCCUGCUGCUUCAGUAACGACGAAAUGGGAAACGUUUGACUCGGGAGUCGGGAGCCUAAACGCUCCAAACCACGUUCAAACUUCGACUAAAAUAACCAAGGAAUGGGAACAGUUCGAAUAAAUGGUAAACCAAUUUGGUUACAGGCCUCUUCAACAGUUGUAUCCAAGUCCCCUUUCUUGCUGUAUGUACAUAAGUAUUGAAUGAAUCUGAGGGAUGAUAUAAAUAUUGUUGGAAAUAAAGGUUGCCGAAUGCCAAACUUCAUUA